UUGAGAUGGGGGUGGGACUUCCUCAAAGAUGCCGCUCGCUGCUCUGGGACCCUGUGAGAGACAAGCUCGCCUGCUGGAAAGGGGCACUGCACCCGUGUGAAAGACUCAGUCCAGCAUACUCGGCUUCCUUCACGGAACGUUCUAGGUGUGUAGCAUCAGCUCUUCCCAGCCGUCAUCAACAACUACAGUUUUAGAUCCAGGAUGUAUCUGGAGAAUAACCGGGAGAGGGAGAUGUCUGAGGUCGGGGCUCCGGGCCAGCAGGUCAGGGCGGGCUGUGGGAAGCCGGACACUGUGCUGGGCAACCUGGGCGAGUUCCGGCUGCUGGAGGGCUUCUCUGGGAUGAGGGAGACCCAGAAGGUGCAGCAGGGUGCGGCCAGCACCGCGGCCCACUGUGUCAUCUACGCCGACAGCUACGACCCCGCCCACGAGGAGGACAGUCCUGACUUUGGUGUGAUUACCCUUCAGCGGACUGGCCAUACCUCCCCCUCGGAGACUUCGCCGCUCCUGGGCUUCUCCGACGGCGCCGGUGCUGGCUUCACCUAUCUGACCCUGCAGGAGCAGUCGUGGAACGGCUGCUCUGGGGAGGCAGAGGGAAGGUACCGGCUGGGUAGUGAGGUCACGGAGCUGUCCCGCUCGCUGUCGACGGAGAAGAGCGAGCCUCAGGAUGGCCCGGUCUUCAGCUUCAUGCUCUCCGACCGCCUGCGUUAUUGCUUAAAGACUUCCAAAGUUGCCAGCAUAUUCAUCCUUGUCAUCCUCUGUUCGUUGUUCUUCAGCAUUUAUCCUGAUCACGGAAACCCCUGGCAGAUGUUGGCUGUCUCGUCUACUGUGAGCUUCACCAGGAAUCUGAGUGAUUUCCGGGACAGCGCCCUCCUGAGGCUGCAGAUGGGCGGGCCGUUCCUGCGGCGGCCCUUGGGUGAAGCCCCCGGGGAGUAUGUCCUGGUCCAGGUGGCGCAGGCUGAGGAGGGGGGCUUACGGCGGCGCCGUGGCCAGCAGGUGACCUACAACUGGACGAUACCAAUUCACUCCCAGAGGAACGAGCAGAUCUUGAUGUCCAGGGCAUUUGAGAUGCUCAGCAGUGGGCCCGUCUCCAUCACCAUCCAGGCCUUCCUGCAGGGCAGUGAGGUCAUACCCCUCUCUAUGACCUACCAGUCCCUCUACGUCAACGUGGAGACUCAGGUGGUCAUCGCUGGGAUCAUUCUUGCGGGUGUCUAUGUCCUCAUUAUCUUUGAGAUUGUGCACCGGACCCUGGCGGCCAUGCUGGGAUCGCUGGCGGCUUUAGCAGCCCUCGCCAUCAUCGGAGAUAGGCCCAGUCUGAUCACGGUGGUGGAGUGGAUUGAUUAUGAAACACUGGCGCUGCUGUUCGGCAUGAUGGUUUUGGUGGCCAUCUUUUCUGAAACGGGAUUCUUCGAUUACUGUGCCGUGAAGGCGUACCACCUGUCCAGAGGAAGGAUCUGGCUGAUGAUUACCAUCCUCUGCCUCAUCGCCGCUGUCCUGUCUGCUUUCCUGGACAACGUCACCACCAUGAUGCUCUUCACCCCUGUCACCAUAAGGUUGUGUGAGGUACUUAAUCUGGACCCCAGACAUGUCCUGAUUGCAGAAGUGAUCUUCACCAACAUCGGAGGUGCAGCCACCGCCGUCGGCGACCCGCCCAAUGUCAUCAUCGUCUCAAACCAGGACCUGCGCAAGACAGGUAUUGACUUUGCUGCCUUUACGGGCUACAUGUUCCUGGGGAUCUGCCUUGUGCUUCUGACAUCAUUUCCUUUCCUGAGACUGCUGUACUGGAACAAGAAACUGUACAACCGGGAACCGAUGGAGAUUGUGGAGCUGAAGCACGAGAUUCUGGUGUGGAGGCAGACGGCGCAGCGCAUCAACCCAGCCAGCCGGGAGGAGACGGCCGUCAAGUGCCUGCUGAUGCGCAAGGUUCUCAACCUGGAAAGUGUCUUGCGGAACAAGCUGAAGACAUUCCAGCGGGAAAUCUCACAAGAAGACAAAAAUUGGGAGAACAACAUCCAGGAACUUCAGAAGAAACACAGAAUAACAGACAAGAUCCUGCUGGUGAAGUGUGUCUCCGUGCUGGCCGUCGUCAUCUGUGUGUUCUUCCUCAAUUCUUUCAUCCCCAGCAUACACCUUGAUCUCGGCUGGAUCGCCAUUCUUGGGGCCUUGUGGCUGUUGGUUCUGGCAGAUGUCCAGGACUUUGAGAUCAUCCUGCACAGGGUGGAGUGGGCCACACUGUUGUUCUUCGCCUCGCUCUUUGUUCUGAUGGAGGCUUUGGCUCAGCUCCAGCUGAUCGACUACAUUGGGGAGCAGACCGCCGCUUUAAUAAAGUCCGUGCCGGAUGAGCAGCGCUUGGCCAUCGCCAUCGUCCUGGUGAUGUGGGUGUCUGCCUUGGUGUCUUCGCUCAUCGACAACAUCCCCUUCACCGCCACCAUGAUUCCCGUUCUUAUUAAUCUGAGCCAAGACGCUGAUGUAAAUCUGCCUGUCAGACCACUUAUCUUUGCCCUCGCCAUGGGAGCCUGCCUGGGAGGCAACGGGACACUAAUUGGCGCGUCAGCCAACGUGGUGUGUGCCGGCAUCGCUGAGCAGCAUGGCUACGGCUUCUCCUUUAUGGAGUUCUUCAGGCUGGGAUUUCCCAUGAUGCUUCUGACGUCCACGGUGGGCAUGUGCUACCUUCUGGUCACUCACAUCGGGCUGGGCUGGAACACCUAACCCCGUCACCUUCGUGCCGUUAUCGGCUCAGCAUCCCAGACCAAAUAAAAAAGGACUUUAUGAAGGAAGGAAAUAUGUGGGUUUUUCAAAAAAGAAAUUAAAAAACAAAACCUGAGAAUCGACACAAAUACACCCAACUUCUGGGCCUGUGUGCAGAGCAAGGAAACAGGCACAUUUCUGAGUUUUAAAGAAAAGGCAGGAGCAUCACUGAGGGAAUGGGGAGUGUAGGCUUGACAUCCCCAGUGUGGCUAUCAGCUCUGUGUGUCACAAUGAGAUUCUGGGACGUUCACACGUUAUUAUUCAAUAAUCAGGCAAUUCCUUUCCUGAAUGAUUGAUAUCAUUGUUUGAUGCCAUUGUGACAUACAACCAAAGCCAAUCCUUGUUGUGAGAACACAGGAAACCUACCAAAGGGAUUUUUGCCAAGUCUCUUCCCAUUCUCCUUAAAUCCAGUUCUGUAAUUUAGUUUUGCAUUCAGCCCUUGUGCCCUGUAGUAUCCAAAUCUGAGUCAGCAAUUUACAGGUUUCAUGUGUCACGCUGCAGUCACUCGCCGUGCAUAGGAUGAUGAUCAAAGCCCAUGAGGUAAUUGUAUUAAUAUGAAAUAAUGUAACGCUUGUAUUGUAAGCUUGUUUAACACUUAGUUUUACUGAAGAAUACUUCACGGUUAAUUGUAUUGAUGUAAGUAAAUACAGAUGAAUGUAUCUUGUUCUUUGUACGCCAAUGACCCCGUAUUGAUCCAAAACUUUGGAAACCGUAUCCCAACAAGAUUACCGCUGUGCUGUCUUACAAACCACCCACCCCCCCCCCACACACACACACACACAAGCUGUCUGUUCUUGGAGCUGUAAAACGUUUAGUCUGUUUGAACAAUAAAGCCUUUUGUAAGCGGUU